AUGGGUGCUGCUCCUAGUAAGACAACGAAGGAAAUAUUAAAUGAAAACAAAAGCGCGAUUCGUCAAUCCAUUCGUGAGAUUGAUCGAGAAGAAAGACAAAUUAAACGUCGACAAAGAGAGGUGGAGACCACGAUUAAGAGAAGUGCUAAGGCAGGCCGAAUUAACGAAGUAAAGAUAUUUGCAAAGGAUCUUGUCCGAAUCAGAAAGGCUAUUGAAAAAUUCGAGGUUGCGAAGGCUAAUUUACAAGGUAUUCAAAUUCAGCUAAUGACUGCGAGUGGUCAAGAAGCUAUUACGAGUGCUCUUAAGGGAGCCUGCGCUACAUAUAGAGCAAUUAGUGGAAUGAUGGAUCCGAAGUCUAUUCAGCGUAUUGUUGCGGAAUACUCUAAAGAGUCAAUGAGAAACGAAAUGAUGCAAGAAUUGACUGGAGAUGCUCUUGAUAAUGCUAUGGGAGAUUUAGACGAUGCUGAUGCUGAAGAUGAGUUGGUAAAUCAGGUUCUUGCGGAAAUCGGAAUCAGUCAAUUAGCUGAUGCUGCUGCUGCUCCUUCUGGAGCGGUUGCAGCUCCUGCUGAAACUACAGGUCCGACCGCUACUACUGCGAUGGAUACUAAUAACAUGUCAGAUUUGCAGAACCGCCUCAAUAAUUUGUAAUGUAUUCACUGUUUUAAUAUUCUUUGAAUCGUUUUAUAACAU